AUGUCCUGCUACGACCUCUGUACCCCCACGUCCUGCGGCCCCACCCCGCUGGCCAACAGCUGCAACGAGCCCUGUGUCCGGCAGUGCCAGGACUCCACCUACGUGAUCCAACCUUCUCCUGUGGUGGUCACCCUGCCCGGGCCCAUCCUCAGCUCCUUCCCCCAGAACACCGCCGUGGGAUCCUCAGCCUCCGCAGCCGUCGGGGAUACUCUGAGCGCCGGGGGCGUCCCCAUCAACUCGGGCAGCUCCUCGGGGCUCGGCAGUUUGGGGUACUCCGCUUUGGGGGGGCUCUAUGGGAGGUCUUACCGGCGCUCCAACCGCUGCGGGCCCUGAGGGAGCCUCGGGACGGCCGGGAAGGGAUGAGCAGGAGAUGGAAAGCGCGAUCGG